AUUCUUCAGAUCCUCCACAACAUGACGACGGAAGACAAAUUUCAGGCCGCUGUCAACAUUAUUCGGAGUCUGCCUAAAGAUGGACCAUAUCAGCCAUCUCACGAUAUGAUGCUGAAGUUCUACGCCCUGUACAAACAGGCAGUGGAAGGCCCAUGCAACGAACCGAAGCCUGCUUUCUAUGAAGUGGUUCGAGGCUAUAAAUGGAGAGCUUGGAGCAGCCUUGGCAACAUGUCGAAGGCAGAAGCUAUGAAUACCUAUGUGGAGGAGCUGAAGAAGGCUGUAGACCUGAUGUGGCACAAUAAGGCUAGCUUGUGGCCCUCCAGACAGGCACUGAGCCACACCAGCCUCUGCCUGUUCAGUAAAGUGCCUUACAGCCAUGCGCCUCUGACCCAGAUUAUAGAGACGAUGGCGUACACCGAAGACGUGGCAAACUUCAUUGAUGCUCUUGGCCCGUUCUACGAGUUUAUCGACAUUCCGGGAACGAAAAACAAGAACAACAACAACAACAAAGGAAAUGACAAGCCCAGUAAUGACAAGAAAGAUGAUUCUGCGGGGGAUGCUAACGACAAGCCCAUCACCAAUGGCCUUGAUAUGCCCAGUAAGAUGAAUGGCAUCCACAGCCUUGACAGUGACUCUGGCUCAGGGUCAGAGGCCGCGCAGUCCUCGAGCCAGGACAGCUCGCCUCAGCACAGUAGAGAAGAAACCAUCACACGGGUAAUUUUUACCUUUUCUGCAAUGUCGCUUAGAAACAUAAUCAUAACUGAGGCAUAUGAGGAAGGGUUGAAUCGAAGGGUGAACAGGUUGGGUGGCACUGUCGCCGAGCUCUGCGAGACAGUGAUAGGGGGCCAAAAAUAUUUUUCCCCCAAAUCGGGAAGCCCAGGGGAGGAGAGUGAAAUACUCGAGGACGAAGAGGAACUAGUGGUCGUCGAGGUCAGGACUGAGAGGGAAGACAAGACCACACACACACUGUCGCUCUCACCCAGGGUGCUCAGCGACACGGACUCCGAUGAAGAGUAUUCAGAGCCUGCUGAGACCCCUGACCAUCUCGCAAAGGUGCAGUCCCUCUUAGCGGACCGAGGGCUGACUCCACCGCGCCGCUUCCACCAGCUGGAGAACCAGGAAAGCACUAGUUUCCCAGCCUCAGCCCCAGCUCUGUUACCCCAGCACAUCCCGGUCAGCAGUACCUCAUUAGAUGAUGCUGUGACCUGUGGCGGGGGAGAUCAGAGCCAUCCGGGAGGACUGCAGAUGACACCCAGGCAGUCCCAGCAACGAUUUAGUGGCACUCCCCUUUACACAUCCCAAGUGUCCUCGGGCAGCCUU